CACACGGAAGUUCGUCUGUAUCCCAGUCGUGUGUUUUCAGAGCACAUCAUGAGAAAUAUCAUGUUCAUUUGGACUGAACUGAUGAUUAAAAUGUUUUAAUAUCUAAAAGGAAUCAUGAGCGGAACGUGCAGGGAGGUAGUUACACUCCAGCUGGGGCAUUAUUCCAACUUUAUCGGGACGCAUUGGUGGAAUUUGCAGGAUGCAGCUCUGGUUUACGAUGCAGAUUUGCCGGUGGGUGAGCUGCAGAGUGACGUGUUGUUCAGAGAGGGUCUUACUCUCGGUGGACACGUCACUUACACACCCAGACUCAUCGCCAUGGACCUCAAAGGAAGUCUUCAGACGCUGAGAAAGGAGGGCAGUCUGUAUGUCACAGAAAAUGAAAACACCGCCUUUACAUGGGAAGGACAGAUUAUGACCCAUAAAGAAAGUCCUCCCACAAAAAACCCCUUCCUACAAGAGCUGGACAAUCUAGAUACGGGAGGUUUACUGGCAGAGCCGGAUUUCACAUGUUCCUCCUCUGCAGUGGAUCGCUGCUCAGUGAGCAGCGCGGGAGCAAGUGUUGCUGUAGGGACGGUGAACAGCAGUCUGGAGCGGCUGCGGAAAUCCUAUAGGCUGGAGGGAAGCGUGAGGGUGUGGUCAGAUUUCCUGAAGAUCCACCUACAUCCGCGCACCAUUUCGGUCAUUAACCAGUACAACCAUGACGGUGAAUCAGAGCGUCUGGAGGUGUUUGGCCAGGGGGAGGCGCUCUUACAGGGGCCAGUGCUGGAAGAUCUGGAGGAUCGGCUGCAUUUCUUUGUGGAGGAGUGUGACUAUCUGCAGGGUUUUCAGGUGUUGUGUGAUCUUGCUGAUGGUUUCUCAGGCCUGGGGUCAAAGGUCACAGAGCUGCUGCGGGACUCUUAUGGAGGGCGGGGCAUCCUCACGUGGGGUGUGGCACCUGUCAAUCACCCAGACACGAGCUCCAUAAAGGACUUGUACCAUAUGAUGAACUGUGCGUUAGGAACGCUCCAGAUGGCCAAUAACAGCUCAUUCUUCUGCCCUUUGACCUUGAGAGGCGGGUUAAUGAGACGCCCACCUCCACCCACAACUUUCCCACUGCUCAACUAUGACCCGGUGCUGUGGUAUCACUCCAGCUCGGUUCUGGCUCUGGCGUUGGACUGUAUGACGGCGUCGUACAGAUUGAGACAAAACAGCGUCCCCAUGUGGCAGCUUUCAGACGCUCUGACCGCCUCAGGAAGGAAGGUUGUUUCAGCGUAUGGCUCUGUCCCGUUUCCCAUGAUGCACGGCAGCUGUCUCCCUGACGCUCUGGAUGCGUUUGCUGAUGUUUUGCCCUGGAGACCCAUAUCGGGGUGUCCUGAGAUCGGCGACGGGCGCUGUUUCGGCCAGUCAGUGACUCUCAGAGGUUUAGACGGUCAGAGCUCAGUCAGUCCGUUGCUCCCGGGCACAGAGCCGCCCAGUUCUCUGCACCUGGAGCGCUCAGGAGAGGAUGUUCUGGCCUCAUACGUCAGAUUACAUUACCCUUCAACACCACUGGCGGUUCAGCUGUUCUCCGGUGCAAGUAAACUCACCCCUCCAUUCCCACAGAUCUUCAGUCCGGCUCUGAGUCCGCAGGGUUUCCUCCCGAACCAGAGCGAUGCUCCUUACACUUCCUCUCAGCCGGUCGUUGGUCUUCCUGUCCUGACGUCUCUGCAGUCCAGUCCUGCCGUGGGUCUCCAGCUCUCUGAGCUCCAGAAAGCGUGUGCUGCGCUCGACCUGCGUCGCGUGGCCCCCAGCUUCCUCUCGCACGGCCCCGAACACGGCGAGAUCACCGAGUCCAUGGAGCAGCUCCGCGACCUCGCGCACUGCUACCGCCAGGACCGCUGCCGCUCUUCAUCCGAGGAGGAUGACGAUGAUGACUAGGAGACCGCCAGCAGACGCUCUUCCUCCCGCUGCAGUGUCGGGUCAGGGGUCGGAGCCCGGUUCAGUCCUGAUUAUCAGUCACGUCCCGAUGCUGCGUUCACGGCAUGUUGCUUCUGGGAAUGAUGGGAUAUGAGCUCGCUGAACACAUCCUUCGAGAACACCUGGAGCAUUUGAAAGAAAGAUGUAGAAAACCAAACUGUGUGAAGAAAACGUGGUGGAUGUGCAUGUCUCUGUAUAUGUAAACCUCAUUGAACCUGCUUUUCUAGAGAUAAACUGUGGAACUGUGUAAAAGUUAAAGUUGGACUUUAAGAAAGUUAACGGUUAUUAUUGAGAAUGGACAUGUAGCUUCAUCAAAUACUAAACACAUGUUUCAGAAAACCAUUUCAUUUUGGUUGACUAUUUUUUUUGCUUAAUCUGAAGGAAAUAUACAUCAUGUAACACUGAGACUUGAGUUGGUUUUUCAUUGCACAAUUUGAAAUCACAAAAUUCAUUGAUUUUCUAAGACAGCUUGUUUUCUAUAAUCUCUUGAAAAAUCAUAGACAGCACUGUUUGAAAAUAAUAAUAA